AUGAGAGAAAUAAUUUAAUUACAUGUUGGAUAGUCUGGUAUCUAAAUUGGAAAUACUGCUUGGGAAUUACUUUGUCUUGAACAUGGAAUUUAACCUGAUGGUUCUAGUACAAGCAGUUAAAAUUUGUAAGUUUUAUUUUCUGAAUCAAUUAAUAAAACCAAUGUACCAAGAGCAGCAUUUUUUGAUAAUGACUAAGUCUCUAUCAACUCUAUUCAGAAAGGACCUCUAAAAAAGGUCUUUAAUAAAAAUCUUAUUAAUUUUACUUCAAAUGAAGCAUCAAUAGCAAUAUGGGGAUCUAAAAAAGUGGAUUCUAAAGCUGAAGAUAUUAUUCGUAAAUUAUUAGAAUCAGCUGAUGCUGCUUCAGCAAUAAUAAUUUAUCAUUCAAUAGCAGGGGAAUAUGGAAGCGCUUUCACUUGUAAAUUAUUACAAAUGUUGAAUGAUGAAACUGCUAAAACAACAAAGUUGACUAUGUCAAUAUUUCCUAACUCAAAAAAACUCUCAUAAUUUGGUUAACCUAUAAUUGAGCCAUAUAAUAGUAUAUUAGCAUUACCAACAUUAGCAGAAAUGUCUGAUUUUAAUAUUCUUUAUGAUAAUGCAGCCUUAUAUAGAGUUUGUGAGAAAUAAUUCUAAUAAGAUAGUCCAAGUUUUAAUCAUAUCAAUUACAUGAUUGCUUAAACUAUUUCAUCAAUAACAUAAUCAAUUAGAUUUAGAGGAACCAAAUUUGUUGAUUUUAAUGAUAUGAGAAAUAACUUAAUUCCAAAACCUAGAUAAUAAUUUUUAUGGACUUCCUACUCUCCAUUCUUAUCAGUGGAUUAAUAAAAUGUAAAAAAACUUAAUCUCUAAGAGAUUACAGAAUCAUUAUUUGAUGAAAGAGGACCACUUUUAAGUUUUAAUAGACUUACACAUAAAUAUCUUGCAGCAUCUUUAUUUUUUAAAGGUGAUUGUCCAUUGCCUGAAUUAAAUUAUGUAAUGAAAUAAAUUAAACAAUCUGAAGAAAUACGUUUUACAGAAGGAACUUAAGUUUCAUAUUAAACUAGUGUUUCUAGUGCUUAACCAUAAACUUUACCAAAUUAUCAAUUUAGCAAAUAUAAUAAAGUAGCUUGUAUGUUAGCAAAUUCAACUGGUGUAUUAGAUGGAUUUAAAGCUCUAUAAAAACGAUUUAAAAGUCUUUAUGAAUCAAAAGCAUUUUUGCAUUGGUUUACUGGUUACGGACUUGAAGCAGGAUAAUUUGAUCAAGAGAAAGAAGCUUUGUAAUCUAUUAUUGAUAUGUAUUAAGAAAAUCAUGGAGAUGGAUAACCUAUUCAAGUUUAACCAAAAACAGAUAGAAAAUAAGAUUAUGGGUAUAAAUAAUAAUAAUAAUAAUAAUAACCAAAAAAAUAAGUUUAAGUUAAAUAAAAAUAAGAAUCAGCUCCAAGAAAACCUAAUUAAAUUACAACAGCCAAAGUUUCAAAUAGAAAUUAAAAUGAUGAUGAUUUAGCUUUUUAAGAAAGAGCACCUGCUAAAAGAGAUGUUUAAUAAUAACCAUAAACAAUUUCAACUGAUAAUUAAAAAUAAUCUAUUACUACUAAACCUAAUAGAAUUUAAUAAUAAGAAAAUAUUGAAUAACAACCUGAAUAAUAAAACAAUAGUGAACUAUAAUCAACUAGAAAGUAGUAAUAAUAAUAAUAAAGUAAUAAUGGUCUUUAAUCCUAAGAAGAACCUUAAUAAUAAAAUGAUGGAUUCCUUUAAACUAGUAAAUAAUAAAAUUAAUAAAAUAACUAAAAUGAAUUGGAAUUAGAUGAAUUAAGUGUUCAUGAUAAUGAAGAUGAAUAAUGA